GAGCCUCUUUUGUCCGAAGAGAGAAAGAAGGAGAAAGUCCGGCUCCGACGUCGGGAUGGCGCCGCCCAAGCGUGGGAAAGCGAAGGGGGGCUCCGCCGCCGCCCCUCCCACCGCCGCAUCGGCGGAGUCCAAGGUCCCAGGCUGCCUCCGCCUCCUUCCUCCGUCAACGGUUGCCAUUACCAUCCACGCCAAGCCGGGCUCCAAGGUCGCCACUGUCACCGAUGUGGGCGACGAGGCUGUCGGCGUUCAAAUCGAUGCCCCGGCGAGGGACGGCGAGGCCAACGCCGCGCUGCUUGAGUACAUCGGCUCGCUUUUAGGAGUGAAAAAACGGCAAGUAUCUAUUGGAUCUGGUUCAAAAUCCAGAGACAAGGUCGUUCUAGUGCAAGAUGCAACUCUGCAAAGUGUUUUUGAAGCCCUUAACAAGGCAUGCAAAUGUGAGUAGGUAAGGAGCACCAGAGCUCACUGUGGAAAACUUGGAAGUUGUCUACAGAGUUGUUUGUUUUCUCGAGUUUCAUGAGACUUAAUAUAAAUUAAAGUUUGUUUACUA